GGAGCGGCUGAGCUGGCCCCAGGGCAGCCCCAAUAUGAAUCUCAGUGUGGGUGUGGGGCAAUUUGGGUGGGAACAACCUGGAGACUACCACCUCGCCGUCCUGCGCCUGGCUGGUGGGGUGUGUGCAGAAAGGGCAGAAAUAAAUAGGAGGCUCCCUCCUCCCAGCGACUCUCAGGGAUCCGGAGGCCGCCGCCCUGGGUGUUUGCCUGCCCUGUAGCCAGGGUUCCAGCCUGAAGAGUAGUUUCGUUUCCUUCUGGCUCCAGGAUUAGUUUCCAGGCACCUCCUCGGACGCCCCGUGGCCUGGAAAAGGGACGCAGGAGGAGGCGGGAGGCUCGUCUAGGGGCUGCCCGCCCUGCAGCGCGGGUUUGAUGGACCUGACCGCCCCGGGCAGCGGCGCCGGCUCCCUGCCGCUGCUCCUGGCCCUGGGUCUAGUGAUCCUCCACUGUGUUGUGGCAGAUGGGAACUCAACCAGAAGUCCUGAGAAUGAUGGCCUUCUCUGUGGAGAUGCCAGAGAAGACUGUGCAGCUACCACCACACAAUCAAAGUGGAAUGACUACUUCUCUCCAUGCCCCAAGAAAUAUGAGCAUUACUGCAUCAAUGGGAAAUGUCGCUUCGUGGGGGCCCUGCAGACACCCUCCUGCCUCUGUGAUGAUGGCUAUGCUGGGGCGAGAUGUGAGAGAGUUGACUUUUUUUACCUGAGGGGAGACACAGGACAGAUUCUGGUGAUUUGUUUGACAGCAGUUAUGGUGACAUUGAUCAUUUUGGUGAUUGGUGUCUGCACAUGCUGUCAUCCCCUUCGAAGGAAAAAGAAAGAAGAUAUGCCAAAUCUUGGUAAAGAUAUAACUCCUGUAAAUGAAGAUAUUCAAGAGACUAGUAUUGCUUAAUGUCUAUGAAGGUACCUCUAGGCUGGUCGCAAGCUACAAAAUGCCAUGCUCAACUGAAAAUGGACAGAAUGUGUCUCAGGAAAACAGCUAACAAAAUGAAUUUUAAAUAAUGUUAUUUACUUUUGUUUGUAACAGUUUGUGUUGUUUACUAUUGUUUUUAUUAUAAUAAUAAAUUUUGUUAUCAUUUAAUAAUUGGGAAAAAGUACCCAGUUAAGAAGGGAAUAUUAUUAAACUUCCACUUAAUCCAGGAUUUGUCACCAGGAUUACCAGUUAAAUAAGAAAAAGAACUAGGAAGGACUCUAGGUCCUAGAUGUUGCUUUAAUAAUGCAUCUGCCACUUAUCCAACACUUACCAUGUGCUGGGAGUUUGAAAUAUGUUAUUUCCUUGAAUACUUGCAAGAAUCUCUGAGAUAUCUAUUACAAUCCUUAUUUCCCAUAUAUGGAAACAGACCCAAAGAAGUUAAAUAAUCUAACCCAGAUUUUCAGAGUUAGGAAUUGGUGGAGCUUAAACUGGAACCAAGAUUUACCCCAUUCAACGUUUGUGCUCUGAACCAUCAUUUUUGCUCCUCACAGUUGGUACAACCUAACUCACUAGAUAACCCAACACUUUCUACUGAACUGUGCUUUGUCAUGACUCUGAGAUACUGGGGCUAUUUUUCUGCAGAAACUUUCUGCAGCAUUGACUUUUAUUAUGUUCCUUUGCUCUUUUAUAAAUGCUUAGAGACAUGAAUAAACUUUAGGUUAGUAAAGCAAACAGAUUUGCCCCCUAGCUAGUAGAAUGCGUAGAGCUAUGGACAGGAAGUGCCUGGCAGUCAUUAAGCACCAGUUAAGUUCACUGAAGUAUCAACAAUAGCACUGGAAGAUCUAGUUAUUCCCCAGGAUAAUGGUCAGUGGCAGCAUAGCAGAGCCCAGGCAGAAUCUGGUUGUGACCGUAUGCUUGUUUUUGUCCUUCUAAUAAGCAGUACCUGUGAUUGCUCUCAGUGGAAUGUUGUUGCAAUGAAAUCCCAUGUAUACAACUAUUACCUGGCACCAUCUUUCCAAAUGCUCCUUUAACUCCCUAGUAAAUUUAAUAAGGACUCUUUACAACUGAAGAAGCAAAAUCUACAUGUAACCAACAUUCCAUAGAAUAUGGAACUUUCAACACUGACAGGCUAGAUCUUUUAUAAAAACAGAUGGAGGAUGUCCCCAAAUUGCUGCACUUUGGCUGUUGCACCUGUCAUCCCAGCAGCUCCUUUUACAGAAUCUUUGUAAAUUUUAUUCACAGGGUAGAUGCCAUGCAUAAAGUGAAGUGGAGAAUUGGGAGAAAAGGUGAAGCUGUAUAUCACUUUCUAUUACACAUUGUGUUUGGGGAGAGACUGAGGCUGUGCCUCUGUGUAAUAUAGACUUUGCUCAAAUAUCAAUGAGAGCUAAGUCAACAACUGAUGUUUCUAAUUCUAUUUUUUUCUCCUGACUUAAACAUUCUUACAACAGGAUUAUAUACAGCUGAUUUAUGUUGUAUAUGUUUUCUUUUCAAGUCUUCUGGACUCAGUUCAUGCCCUUUCUCUUUCUCAGUCUUCUUUGAUACUGAGAACACUUGAAACAAUGCUUGUUUGAGCAUUUAAAACAAAAAAGAAGGGGUAAAUGUUUCUUCUUUCCUGAACUGAUGUUGGUUGACCAAAGGAAUCUCUCAAGACAAUUCAGACUGGGGGAUUUUGUUUUGACCCUAAGAUGUUCAUGGUGUCUUUUGAAAAUUAGUAGGUCUGAUGUCAAGAAAGAACUGAGGAUUUUCGUAUCUUUUCAAAAUGUAUUUAUAAUUGUUUUGCAUAUAUUAAAUGAACUUGGAUAUAAAUUGUCAAUAUUAUCAAAUAAUAAAAUUAAUUUAUUUUUAAAACAAAGAAAACACAUAUAUACGCAGGAAUUUUCUAUUGGUACCAUGUAUUACUAAGAGAAAUACAUUUGAAUAUUAUGCUUUGAAAAACUUUAUAUUUUAUAAGGACUACCAUUAUUAAAUUUGAGAUAGUCCAUUCUGACCAGAUGUUUUCCUUAGAAUCUAAGAACUUGGAAGUGUGGUGGACAUACCUAUGGGAUUUUUUGCCCAACAACCUGCCCAUAUUUUUGACCCCACUUCCAGCAUUUGGCUGGUCGAAGGGGAAUACUUAAUGAAGUUGGGCCAGUUGGAGUCAUUCCCAUUUCGAAGCUAUGGGCAGUCAUUUUUUUCCUCAUGUGGAUCAGAAAAGCAAAGGAAGCUGAUUAGAGAGACCAGAGAUAUAAGAUUCAACUUUCCUGAGAGUCUGAGUCCCCAGGACAUGUAUUCCCAAAGUUUAGCCUCAUCCUGUUCCUGCCUGUGGCCUCUAAGAGACAUGUUUUCUUUAUAAUAAAUUCCUCAUUUGACUUGCUAUUUGGGUUUCUGUAACCUGGAACAGAGAUCCUAAUUUUAGUGCAUCAUGGGGCUGUGGACAAUAGUUUCUUAAAGCAGAAAUAACAUCCUCUAUCAAACAGGAUAUCAAAUUAUGGUUUUCACAUAGUGCUUUCAAUUGUAUUAGAGGAACAUUUCUAGCAACAAUAUUCUACUUUCACCCACAGCAUUCAAGAUGAUAAUUGCAGAACAUAGAGAGGGAGCAGGGAGCUCAGCAAACAUUGACUGGGCACCUACUAUAUCCUAGGCACUGUGCUCCCCAUGAUAACAAAUGCUAAGGAGAAAUGACACGACCCCUUAGGAAGCUUACAGUUUAGUGGGAGGAACAGCUACUCACUGAUCAUCUCCAUUCAAUUUGGUUCUCUUAAAGGGGCUGAAGGCCUGGGGAGGAGGCAGGAGCAGGUGGAGGGGGUCAGUGAGGGGGGAAAGGAGGGACCUCUAUAAUACUUUCAGCAAUAAAGAUAAAAGCAUAGAAAAAAAAGAGGUGGAAGGUAUUAUGGGAUCAGAGAGGAGAAUGAUUAAGGCAGCUUGGAAGGAGUCAGUGAAGGCUCCUGAAGGCGAUUACAUCUGAACUGGGCUGGCUCCGGGAGAUAAAGGUCUCUCCCCAGUUUCUGGGUAAGGGCAGAUAUUUCUUGGAUCCUUGUCAAAUUCCUCAGAAUCUCUCUUAAAUUCUAGCAGUGGAAGGACCAACAGAUGUUGUUUCAAGGGAAUAAAAAAAUUGAAGGAAGCAAGGUUUCAUACCUUGUUCCAGAAUACCCCAGGCAUGAUGGGGUAAAGUAUACAGGCCUGUGAGUUGUGAGGUGAGAUGUUCCUGGUUCCUAUGACGUUACAUUAUUAAGUGAUGAGCUGUGAUGGGAGAGAGCUUCAUAUUUCUUUCUUAAAGUAAAUUAUUUGGGCCUUUCACAUUUUCCACUUUAUAUCAUUGCUUAUGAUAUAAGCAAGUGACAUAGAGUGUGGAGUAAAAUGUUCUGGGUCAGAUAGUUUGCUGCUUGGCUAAGGCCCUGGUUGGGGCAAAAUUCAGUGAAAGAUGUUCAGUACAUAUUUCAGUGCCCAUGGCUUUAAGACCAAACUAUUGCCUUAACAUGAUCUUUAUUUUAGUAUUUUCUGCUUGCAUUUUGUUAUGAAUUUAUUAAAAAUAUUUAUUUUGUACCUACUAAGUGCCAAGUACCAUAGGUGCUGGGGCUAUAUCAAUGAACAAAAUGCUUUAAAAAAAUCUGUCACCUCAUAGAGCUCAUAUUCUAGUGGGUAUAAUAUUUCAUAGAAUGGAAUUUAAACAAGGCUUAUCCAAGACGGUAUAUUACCCAGCGGACUUUGUCAUCAGACUUUUAAUCUGUCCCACUGUCUUGGAGAAUAGAACUCAAGCUGGGCACUCACAGAAGUCAGUAUAUGGAGGGAUCAGCAGAUUUUCCUUGACCCAAAAUAACUUACAUAUUUUAAUAAUGGUUCUCAAGGGCAAGAAAUUAUAACUAUGUCUUCGGUGUAAAAAUCUUGGUUUAUAAUUUAGGGUGUUUUUGUUGUUGUUUUUUGUACUAUGGUUGAUGCGCAUGGGUUGAUGCAUAUGCCUUUGGGCAUCUGUUCUUCUUCAAAGAAUCCUUCAUGCUUCAAAGCAUUUUUCUGCAAAAGAACCUGUUCAAUGUGAUCAGCGUUGGCAGCUGAGCGAUAAUGCUGGAACAUAGCAUGCAUUAGUCUAUUCCUGCCUGUUUGCUAAUGCUGCUGCUCCUGGGAAUGUGUAUUUUACAGUAAUAUCUAGUUGGCACUUCUGCGAACUCCUUCUUCCCAAGGACCUGUCAGCCAUUGAUGUUUGAAGCAGCCUGAAAUUCCAUAUUCAGAAACUAAAUAAACUAUAUGGCUCCAAAAACAACUUCAGUAAUUAUACUCAAGAGAUAAAUUGUUAGGAAUGUUUCUGCUAUUGAAAAAUUAAAAUGUGGGUAUAUAGGUAUGUGUAAUUUAUCAUUAUAGUCAGUACUUGUAUUAUAAAAGAAAUGUUAAUCAAAUGUGUUUUUAAAGACUUUUUCUUUCAUGUAUUAUUAUUCUUACACAAGUUUAAGUUACAAAAAAAUAAAGGUGUGACCAAAGUACUUUAA